AUGUCCGCUCGACUCCAACACGAUGCCUCUUGGGAGGCCAGUCCCCUUGCAUUCCUCUCUCGCCAAUUCAUUGAAGGCGUCCCCAAGAUCCCCAAAAACGUCAGCCUAGCAGGUCAAACAGCUCUCAUCACAGGCUCAAACGUUGGUCUAGGCUUCGAGUGUGCUCGUCAACUUCUUGCUCUCAAUCUCUCACACUUGAUUAUCGCUGUGCGAAGCCAGGCCAGAGGCGAUGCAGCAGCAAAGAAACUCCGCGAUGAGUUUCCCAACGCCAGGAUAGAAGUCUCACUGGUCGAUAUGGCUUCUUAUAAGUCCAUUCAGGACUUUGUCAAGCGGUGCGAGACAUUGCCACGACUGGAUAUUGCCAUCCUCAACGCUGGCCUGAGCAGACCCCAGUUUGAGCGAUCAGAAGAGUCCAAGCAUGAGAUGACUUCUCAGAUAAACUACCUCUCUACAGCUCUGCUGGCAAUCCUCCUCGUUCCCGUCCUCAAGACAAAGCGCGGGACUUCUGGCCCUGCACACUUGAGCAUCGUCGGUUCAGACAUGUCAUACUGGGCAAAAUGGACCGGAAGUACUGAUUCAAUUUGGGACGUAAUCGACGAACCUGCCGAGUUUUCCAGCAAUGCCGCCUACCAAAUAUCCAAGCUUCUUCUCAUCAUGUUCGUCGACAAACUCUCCCAGCACGUCUCGCCCGACGAAGUUAUCGUCAAUUACCCCAACCCUGGUGCCUGCAAAGGAACAGAAUUUGGAAGCGACGGCCACAGAAGCAAGAUCGAGCAGAUAUGGAUGGCUGUUGCGAAGCCGCUUGUUGGAAGGACAGUUGCUACUGGUGCGCGAUCGUAUGUUCACGCUGCUGCUGUCAAGGGCACCGAGAGUCACGGGAGUUUCGUUGGCGAGGGUAACAUCAAGCCGUUCCCAGUAAUCAUGUACCAGUCAGAUGGAAGAGCCCUGCAGGAGACUGCCUGGAAGGACUUGAUGAAGGAGUUGAGCUUUGCGAAGCCGAUGGAGAUUCUCAAGGCAAGCAACUGA